AUGAAUAAAAUUUUAUAUUUAAUUCCUGCAAUAUUGUUAGUAGGAGCUGGAAUUUUAUUGAUUCAAGGCAAUUAGAAUAGCUUAUCUGCUGAUAAUGAUUAGGUUACUUUCUCCUAAUAUUACGACUGCAUGUACGAUAAGAACGUUUAUCACAGAGAUAUUUGCACAUAAACUGAAAAAUUCCAAUAAACUAAAGAAAAAGUUGAAUAAUAUUUAAAUACCAAUCCUACUUGUAUUGCUUAUGCUUAAUACACUGAUAAGGUAUUUGCCUUAAAUAUUUUAGCUACUGCUGCCUUAAACUAAGACUAAUUAUACUAGAACUGCCGCGCUAGUCCUGAAUUUUUAGCUAUCGUUCAAUAAGACUAUGACUGUCUUUACACAAAGUUCAUCUCUCCUGAACUUAAAUUGUGCAGUGGCUUAAAUCUUUGA